AUGUGUGAGGUCCUCUCGAUUAAAUUUAUCAGACUAAUCAUGGAAAAAAAAAAGCAAAGUACACUUGAUAAAAAUAAUCCAAUAAAAGAGAAGUUAAAGAUGAAUGCUUGGGAUAAAAUUGCAACUUGGGCUUAUUCGGUUGGUUUACCCUUCAAUGCCAUACGUGACGAAGGUUUUCAAGAUAUGAUCAAUUCCAUUGGUGAAUAUGGAAGAGGUAUGCCAGCUCCAUUUUAUCAUAAUAUCCGUGUCACAUUGAUGAAAAAACAUUUAGAAGAUACUCAAAAGUUUGUGGAUUCAUUCCGGCCACAUUGGGAGGAAUAUCGGUGUAGCAUUAUGUCCGAUUUUUGGACAGACGGUAAAGGAAGAUGUUUGAUAAAUUUCUUACUCAACUGUCCUCUUGGAACGGUAUUCUUGAAAUCAAUUGAUGCAUCAUAG